GCCGUACCCCGGGUUACUUGUUACUACAGCUUGCUACGUUGUUUACAAAAUUCCGUGAACCAUUUUUCUGACAGUGCUGAAUUCCCCUCGUUUUAUGCAUCAGUCGGGUCUCGCAGGUCUCUCCGGCCUGUGCCGAGUCACCGACCACCUGUACCUCAGUAAUGGCCGAGCAGCCAACGACUCCUCCCAGGUGAUUCGGUGCAACAUCACCUGCAUCGUGAACGUGACGGAGACGAAGAGCCGCUGUCCUCUGCACCGCGGGGUGGAGUACAUCCACAUCCCACUGCCCGACUCCCCGGCCUCUGCUCUGGGGGAACACUUCGACGAUGUGUCGGAUAAAAUCCAGCUGACUGCGGAGCUCGGUGGCCGGACUCUGGUGCACUGCAACGCCGGGGUGAGCCGCUCCGCCUCGCUGUGCAUGGCCUAUCUGAUGAAGCACCGCGGGGAGUCUCUGCGGGCGGCCCACAGCUGGGUGAGGAGCUGCCGCCCGGUGGUGAGGCCCAACAACGGCUUCUGGAAACAGCUCAUCCGCUAUGAGAUGGAGCUCCGUGGGUGCGCCUCUGUCCGGAUGAUCUGCACCUCCAUGGGAGAGGUACCAGACAUUUAUGAAGAGGAGGCCAGGAGCAUGAUGCCACUGCGAUGAUGAAGCCUCUUUAUUGUAACAACGAAGGAAUGCAUGAGAAAUAAUAUUCCGUAUCGUGUUUCGCAUAUACAAUGAACUGCUGUUUGUAUAAAGGCUUACAAUGUACUCCUUUAUUAUGGAGUCCAAUACAUUCCAAGGGUAAAUAUUGUACUCUUUACUAGUUAUUCAGCAGCUAUAGUAACUUAUUUUAGAUGAAGAUGUAUGUCCACAUAAAAGGUUUAAUAUAUUAUGAAAUACAUGCAUCCCAUGCUUUUCAGGUUUGGCCAGUAUUUAGUUUGGGCCCCUUGUCACAUUUUUGAGUUAAAAGUUCCACCAAAUAGGGAUUUCAACUAGAUUUUCCAGAUAAUUUCACAGGGGUAAAACUAUCAAACAUUUGAUAGUUUGUUUCCUUUUUCCUGUUAAACGUCUGAUGACCAGUUAUAUUUAUUGUGACCCCAGAUGUGUCCUCUGACCCCCAAGUUGGGAACUCCGGAAAUAAACUAUUUAACGAAAGUACUCCAAGUGAAAUGCUUCUUAAGAAUUGUGUCAUUAUAAACUAUUAUAGUAUUAAUUGUAAUAUAAAUAUGUAUUUCCUAUGUUGAUCAGCUACAGUUGACAUUACUACACAAGUGCUAUUGUGUUUUUUUAAUAAUGCUUUGUAUGUUUUUUAACAUUUUACUAAAGGAUCUGAUUGUUUUUCAGCACUGGCUGAACGUGAUUCGACAGGCACUGAAUCACGAAAGCAGGUGACAGUAAAAGCAGUCAAGGAAUCCAAUUCAUUGAGGCUAGAAUGUACAAAAAGCUUUUAUUUUCGAAUCAAAACACAUCUCAAUCGAUUAAUUGGACGCAAAAUGUUGCAAUAAACACUUGAUUGACAACAGGAUGUUUUCAUAUGGACAGCAAGGCCUAACAAACUGAAAUAAAUACCUAUUCAUGUAGCUAAUAUGUUCAUUAAACAUCUUGAAAACA